AUGCAGUACAAGUACAUCGCCGCCCUCAUCGCCUCCCUCUCCAUCUCCGCCGUCCUCGCCGGCCCCGUGGCAAUGCCCUUCGGAGACGUAAGCCCUCCUCCCCAUCCGCCCCCGUCCACCCACAGACUAACCCGCAUCUCCUCGCAGAUCGACCACGCCCUCGCCAUCCGCGCCGAAGCCGGUCUCCAAGCGCAAGCCGCGCAACAGGCCCACGCCGCCCAGGCCGGCACCCUCACCUCCGCCGGCAGCCAGACCGCCCAGCAGCGGCUCGACGCCGCGCACGCCCAAUAUGCCAAUGUCAAGCAGUGGCUGCCGUACUACAUCGAUGAUUACUGCUGCUACCCCGGCACGCUGUCGUACAACUUCGACUAUGCGUUUAACUUUGGGUUCUGUGGGUUUUGUGGGAGUUGCCUGGUGACUGACAAGGGCUGGCAGGUCUACGAAAGCCGCGAUAGGGGGAUGAAGGGGUGGAGGGAGGGGAGAAAUUCAUGUGUGGCCAACAUCAACAUCAACAUCGACGACCCUUGA